GGCGCGUGCAGGGGAGAAGCGGGUUUGUUUUUGAAUCUGCGGAGGCGGCGGAGUGGAGCGCACGGCUGAGGCGGCAGCGUCCGGGACGGCUGUGCGGGACGGCUGUGUAGGAAGGAACUCGGGUCCCUGUCCCUCACCUCCCGCCCCUGAAGAUUCAAAAUGGACAGUAUAGAAGAACCUCAGAAGAAAGUCUUCAAGGCUCGAAAAACAAUGAGAGUGAGUGAUCGUCAGCAGCUCGAAGCAGUGUACAAAGUCAAAGAAGAGCUGCUGAAAACCGACGUGAAGCUUUUGAACGGGAACCAUGAAAACGGAGAUUUGGGGCCCACUUCACCUUUGGAAAGUGCAGAGUGUAGUCCAGAGAGAGAAGAAGUGAAUGGUAUCGAAGGGGUUUGUUCUGAGUCUGAAGAAAGUAAACCAGAAGUGAAAGAAACACCUUGUGUUCCCAGUGUUAGUGUGAAAAGCGAGCAAGAGGAGGAUUCAAGUAGUGAGUCUUUGUCUCCUAGUGCAACUUCUGGGUUUCCUUCUACACUAACCACUGAACCAGCCUCUGGUAGCCCAGCCUCUGGAGACCUGACUGCAGGAGAGCUGCCUGCUGGAGUACCAGCCACUGGUGACUCUCCCUGUGAGGAGUCCCCCUCGAGUGAUCCCUCCUCCCGUGACCCCACCUCUGCAGAUACUGCUUCUGAAGAACCUGCCUCUGAUGAUCCUGCCUCUGGUGGUUCCAUCUCUGGUGAACCACUGUCCGGUGAACCACUGUCCGGUGAACCACUGUCUGGUGAACCAGCUUCAGAUGAACCAGCUUCAGAUGAACCAGUUGCUGGUGCAGUGGCAUCUUGUGAACUGGCCUCUGGGGAAGCCUCUUGUGAUGAUUGUGCUCCUUCUGGUGAUUUGCCUUCCGAUGACCUGCCUUCUCGUGACGAAUCCUCUGGUGGUCCUGCCUGUAGCAGACUGGCUCCCGGUGAGCUGGCUCCCGGUGAGCUGACUGCGGAAUCAGCCGCUGAUACUUUUAAACCAAGUGCUGUGCCAGUUUGUGAGCCGAUUCCUGAAACUGACAAGACAGAGCAGAGUAGCAAUAACAAUGAUGAUGGUUCAGAAAAAAAUGAAGACAAUGAAAACUUAGACCAAAUUCAAAGUAAAGACUCAUUUGAUGAGGAAGAUACAAUGAACAGUAAUGUUGGUGAGAAGGAAGAAACUCUAGAAACACAUAGUGCAAUUAUUUGUUCUGAUCUACCUCCAGAAAACACGAAGAAGGUAGAGGAAGAGCCCAUUGCUGAGCUUGCUCUUGGAGAAGAGGCCAUCUCCAGCAGUAUGGAAGUUGACCAAAGUGAAAAAGAUGAUCGGGAAAGUCCUGCAGAAGUUGUAGAAGUUGUCAGUGAAAAUGCUACAGAAGACAAGAAGGACACUGCCUUAGACAACACAGACUCUAUGGAAACAGAUGAGAUCAUUCCUAUUCUGGAAAAACUUGCGCCCGCUGAGGAUGAACUCACAUGCUUUUCAAAAACUUCUCUCCUUCCAGUUGAGACAAGUCAAGAUUUGGAAGAGAAAAUGGAGGGUUCUUUUGGCUCACCAUCAAAACAAGAAAGUAGUGAGAAUUUGCCAAAAGAAGCAUUUUUGGUCCUCUCUGAUGAAGAGGAUAUUUCAUGUGAAAAAGAGGAGUCCGAGUCUGAAGUUAUAUCACAAAAUAAGCCGAGCUCUCCAGAAGUGGGAAGGAGUGACAAGGACAGCAAAGCUGAGGAAGAGGAGCGAGCGCCCGAUGGGGAGCGGCCACCUGUGAGAAGUGAGGUUUCCAGACGGAAACGUUCUAAAUCAGAAGACAUGGACAGUGUGCAGUCCAAGCGUCGGCGCUACAUGGAAGAAGAAUACGAGGCAGAGUUCCAGGUCAAGAUUACAGCCAAAGGAGACAUUAACCAGAAGCUUCAAAAGGUCAUACAGUGGUUACUAGAAGAAAAAUUGUGUGCUCUACAGUGUGCUGUGUUUGAUAAGACUUUGGCAGAAUUGAAAACACGAGUGGAAAAGAUAGAAUGCAACAAAAGGCAUAAAGCAGUUCUUACUGAGCUACAGGCCAAGAUAGCCAGAUUAACCAAACGUUUUGGAGCAGCCAAAGACGAUCUUAAGAAAAGACAAGAAAGCCCUCCAAACCCACCUAUAUCACCAGGAAAGCCUGCCAGUGAUGUCAGCAGCAAUAACAAUGUGACCUACAGAAAUGCAGGCACAGUGCGACAGAUGCUGGAGUCCAAAAGAAAUGUUAGCGAGGGUCCACCACCACCCUUUCAAACUCCUGUGAAUACAGUGUCUUCAGCCAGUCUCGUCACUCCUCCAGCGAUUGUCAGUAGUCAGCCUAAACUGCAGACGUCAGCCACCUCAGGUUCUCUGCCGGCAGCGUCUCUUCUUCCUGCUCCCAGCACAGCCACAGUAGUUGCCACUACUCAGGUGCCUAGUGGAAACCCUCAGCCUACAAUCUCGCUGCAGCCCUUGCCAGUGAUUCUGCAUGUUCCUGUUGCCGUAAGCUCUCAGCCUCAGCUCCUACAAAGCCAUCCAGGGACUAUAAUGACGAAUCAACCAUCUGGCAGCGUUGAAUUCCUAUCCGUGCAAAGCCCACCAACAGUGAGUGGACUAACCAAAAACCCAGUACCCUUGCCACCCAUGCCAAACCCCACCAAACCAAACACUCCGUCAGUGCCCAGUCCUGGUGUUCAGAGGAACUCUUCCACCACUGCUGCACCCUUGGGGACCACCCUUGCUGUACAGGCUGUUCCGACUGCACACUCUAUUGUGCAAGCCACAAGGACUUCUUUACCCACAGUGGGCCCAUCAGGACUCUAUAGCUCAUCAAACAAUCGAGGCCCAAUACAGAUGAAAAUCCCAAUAUCUGCUUUUAGCACUUCAUCUUCUGCAGAACAAAAUAGCUCUGCCACCCCAAGAAGUGAAAACCAGACAAACAAAACAGUAGAUUCUUCUGUUAAUAAGAAAGUGGCAGAUAGCACAUCACAGAGUGGGAAAGCUUCUGGCAAUGAUUCAAGUGGUGUCAUUGACCUCACAAUGGAUGACGAAGAGAGUGGAACUACACAAGAUCCCAAAAGACUAAAUCAUCCUGCGCCAACUCUGAGCACUUCGCAGCCCAUGUCUCGACCGUUGCAGCCCAUUCAGCCGGCACCACCUGCUCAGCCAUCUGGGGUGCCAACAAGUGGGCCAUCUCAGACAACUAUCCACUUACUGCCUACAGCUCCAACCACCGUGAAUGUAACACAUCGUCCAGUAACUCAGGUGACCACAAGACUCCCUGUACCAAGAGCUCCUGCAAACCACCAGGUGGUUUAUACAACUGUCCAAGCACCACCAGCUCAGACUCCCCUACGAGGAACUGUUAUGCAGGCCCCUGCUGUCCGCCAGGUCAAUCCUCAAAAUAGUGUUACAGUUCGAGUGCCUCAGACAACCACAUAUGUUGUAAACAACGGCCUAACCCUGGGAUCAGCAGGGCCUCAGCUCACGGUGCAUCAUCGGCCACCACAAGUGCAUACCGAGCCCCCACGUCCUAUGCAUCCAGCACCCUUACCGGAAGCCCCACAGCCACAGCGUCUGCCCCCGGAAGCUGCCAGCACUUCUCUGCCUCAGAAACCACACUUGAAGUUAGCACGAGUUCAGAGUCAGAAUGGCAUUGUGCUGUCGUGGAGUGUCCUGGAAGUGGAUCGAAGUUGUGCCACUGUCGACAGCUACCAUCUCUAUGCUUACCACGAGGAACCCAGUGCCACUGUGCCCUCUCAGUGGAAAAAGAUCGGCGAGGUCAAAGCCCUUCCUUUGCCCAUGGCUUGCACCCUCACCCAGUUUGUGUCUGGCAGCAAGUACUACUUUGCAGUGCGCGCCAAGGACAUUUACGGCCGCUUUGGGCCUUUCUGUGACCCUCAGUCCACGGACGUGAUCUCUUCCUCCCAGAACAGCUAGACCUUGGAGCCUUUAGCUUCCUCUUUUCAAAGUUCCACAUUUUGGGCUUGUUUUUAAUCUUGUGCAUGAAAUUCAAUGUAAAAUCCACCUUGUGCAGGAUCUCUUGGACAGAUGAGUGUACACACUACGUUUGUUUAUAACUAAAGUAUAAUAAAUUCAGCCCAUAAAGCAAGUCUUCCCCUGAACAAGUUAAGCUUCAGGGGUUUGAAAUGUAAAUUGGUCUUUGCUUUAGUUAUGAGGCUGGGGAAUUUGUAUGGGUGUUUGUGUGUGUCGUCUUUGUUUCUUUUUUUUGUUUUAACUUUUAAAUUUCUAGUUGUGUGUUUAUCACAGUGCAAUCUCCCAUUUUCACUCUCAAUUUACCUCUCUUCUAGUAGGAAGUAAAUAGAUGAAAGACUCUGA